UGACAGUCAAAUUUCAGGUUACCUACCGCUGCCGCUGAUUCACGUAUGCAUCUGCGGUGCGGGGUUCGCCGAACACGACACAAUCCCACAGCAGACCAACCCCGCAUCCGAUCGUCUGGUUGAUCGGGGACUCGGGGACAACGACACCGGCUCCCUUCUGCUCAAUGUGCAGUUGUGCUUCCUUCGGUCUAAGAUCUGCCGGAACACGACAUAUUCCGGAACUGAAACAGAAUCAGGUUCUAGAGCCUGUGAAGGGACGACCGUCAGCUCGACAUCAGAACAAUGACCAAUAUCUUCUCACGAGGUUUGGGACAAAGGGCAGGGACACGCCAAACCACAAAGCCCAUCAGCAUGGCACAUCCCCAGGGCAUUGCCCUUCAGGAAGAUGAGGGCCGGCCGGAUUACGCCAACGAAGCCGUCUUCCGCCGGAACACCUUGCCUCCUCGCUCUUACUACAUCCCGGAAACCUCACUUCUGCUCAACGGCCGCUGGGACUUCCACUACGCCUCGAGUCCUCUGAAGGCUCCCAGACCGAGAGCUGCCCGUGACGCCACGUGGACGACCAUCCAGGUCCCCGGCCACUGGCAACUGCAGGGCCACGGAGUUCCUCAUUACACGAACGUCCAGUACCCCAUCCCGGUGUGCCCGCCACACGUCCCGACCGAGAACCCAACUGGAACCUACCGCCGGACCUUCCAUGUGCCCUCUUCAUGGGCCCACACCUCGCAACUGCGCUUGCGUUUCGAUGGCGUCGACAGCGCAUACCAUGUGUGGGUGAACGGAAGCCUCGUGGGCUAUGCUCAGGGGUCCAGGAACCCGCAUGAGUUUGAUGUUACGCCGUACACGAACCGAAACGGCCCCAACGAGGUGUCCGUGAGAGUCUAUCAGUGGUGUGAUGGCUCUUACAUCGAAGACCAGGACCAGUGGUGGCUCUCAGGCAUUUACCGCGAUGUUCACCUGAUCUCUUUGCCGUCAGAAACUCGGAUUGAAGACUGGUUUGUUAGGACAGACCUUGACGACGAAUACAAGAAUGCAACUCUGAGUGCCACGGUAGAUGUCGUCACGUCAACAACCGCCACAGUCACCAUGACCAUUCGAGAGCUGCCCAAGCAUGGCGGGCAGUCUCUCGGCAGCACACAGAAGGAUGUCAACAAUGGCGGCAAGGUUCAUCUCAGUAUGCCCAUCAAAGACCCAGCGAAAUGGACCGCCGAGACUCCCGACCUCUACUCCGUCGAGCUCUCCAUUACCACGUCGUCGAGCGCUCAGACUGUCCAUCAAAACAUAGGAUUCCGCAAAGUCGAGCUCAAAAAUGGCUUGAUUUGUGUCAACGGCCGACCCAUAAGGUUUCGCGGCGUCAACAGGCACGAUCACCAUCCGCGAUUCGGACGGGCCGUUCCCCUCGACUUCAUCCGCAAGGACCUGCUCCUCAUGAAGACGCACAACAUCAACGCUCUCCGCUGCAGCCAUUACCCUAGCCACCCCAAACUGUUCGACAUUGCCGACGAACUCGGUUUGUGGGUCAUCGACGAGGCAGAUCUAGAAUGCCAUGGCUUCUACGAUGCCGUGGCCCGUCCCCAAGACAUCUCCGAGGGGAUGGACUACGAGGAACGCAAGAAGCUGACAUUUUCCCAAGCUGCCAAAUACACAAGCGACAAUCCGUCUUGGAAAGCUGCAUACGUGGACCGCAUGGAACAAAUGGUGCAACGAGACAAAAACCACCCUUCGGUCAUCAUCUGGUCGCUGGGUAACGAGGCUUUCUACGGCCAAAACCACAAGGCUAUGUACGACUACGCGAAAGAAGCAGACCCCGGGCGACUUGUGCACUACGAAGGAGAUCCGCACGCCGAAUCUGCCGACAUGUACUCUUACAUGUACCCGUCCGUUGAGAGGCUGAUCCAUCUGGCUAAAACCGAAGGUGUCAAGCCCGACGGAAGCUUUGACAAACCCGUUGUCCUUUGCGAGUAUGCGCACGCAAUGGGCAAUGGGCCAGGGUGGUUGGAAGACUACGAGGAGGCUUUCCGCACCUACCCCCGCCUUCAAGGAGGCUUCAUAUGGGAGUGGGCAAACCACGGACUAUGGAAGGAAGACGCCGAUGGCAAGUCCUACUAUGCCUACGGAGGGGAUUUUGGGGAUGUGCCGAACGACGGAGCGUUUGUCAUGGAUGGUUUGCUGUAUAGCACCCACAAGCCCACCCCCGGUCUGAUCGAGCUCAAGAAAGUCAUUGAACCGGUGAAGGGGACGGUUGAAGGGGACGAGCUUGUCAUCUUGAACGGGUACAAUUUCACGGGGCUCGAGCACCUCACUGCGACAUAUAAGAUUGAACAUUUUUCAGCCCGCACAACUUUGCUUGCAUCCGGCGUUUUGGAACUGCCAGUCAUCAGUCCAGGUUCAACAGCAAUGACCCCGCUGCCCGUUGCAAAAGACGACCUUAAAUCCCAGGCAGGGACGGAAGUCCACUUAACUAUUUCUUUCCGUCUCAGAGAAGCAACACCAUGGGCGGAUGCUGGGCAUGAAGUCGCUUGGUUUCAACACCGGCUCCGGGCAACCGAUCCUGUCAGCUCGAUAUCAGCAUCCCCUCGUGCGUACGAGAGUCCUGAGAUAGACACUACCAGCCACGAGAUCAUAAUAACCGGAACCAACUUCGCCUUCGCCUUCGAAAAAACCAGCGGCUACCUCACGCACUGGGUCGUCAACAAUACGCACCUUCUUGACCCCGACGCAGCUACCAGCGUAGCAGUCAUCCCCUCCUUCUGGCGGCCGCCAACAGACAACGACAAGCCUUCCUCCCUCCCCUACUGGCAACGCUUCGGCGUCGACGCCCUGACAAGCCAGCUCCGCUCCACUAGCAUGAUCAGCUCCGACGACGCCGUCAAAGUCACUUUCACCACCUUCUUGACCCCGCCCGUCCUCGACUGGGGUUACCUCGCCACAACGACCUACACCAUCACGUCCGCGGGUACGCUCUCCAUCUCGGUCCGCCUGCGGCCCGCGGGCGCCUACCCGCCCAAGCACGUCCCGCGCGCGGGGCUCGACCUCCGCCUGCCCCGCUCCUGGGACGAGGUCAAGUGGCUCGGUCUCGGCCCCGGCGAGUCGUACCCGGACAAGCGCGCCGCCCAGCGCGUCGGCGUCUGGAGCGUCGCCUCGGUCGCCGAGCUGCACACCCCGUACGAGGUGCCGCAGGAGGGCGGGAACCGCAUUGGCACGAGGUGGGUCAGUGUGCGCGAGCCCGCCGGUGGCGGCGCCGGGGUGAGGGUUACUGCUUCUACCGAGACCGAGUGGUCUGCGAACUGUGAGAGGGAGUUCAGUUUCAAGGUCGGGAGGUACAGUGAUAAGACGGUCCAGGCGGCGAGGCAUCCUUAUGAUUUGGUCGAGGAGGAUGUCACGCUGCUGAGGCUGGAUGGGAGGGUGGCGGGUGUGGGGACCGGGGCUUGCGGACCGGGAGUGAGGGAGGAUUUGUUGGUGCCCGUGGAGGAGAUGGAGUUUGGGUUCUGCUUGGAGCCUGUGGGCGUGUGAGGACGGAUUUUGAGGGUUGCUUUGUUGCCAUCGACCAAAAAGGGGCUGGCUUGGGGUCAUCUGGGUAUUACUGUCAGCAGAGACAAAAUGCACGGGAGUAGAUGAACAAUGCACAGUGAUUGUUGGAAAUGUUCUUUGCUGGUGACGAUGUAGUAAGAGUGUCUUUUAUGAACCGUCUUAUGGACAUCCAUCUGAUGCAAAUACAAAACUGUUCCCUGGGUAUCCUGCUCUAUCUUGACAACACACCAAUAUGCACAAGGCCAUCCAUAUCCUUUCCAAUGUCGCACCGCAACAGGAACUCAUGAGGAGGGCUUCUGAUGUCAAAUCAGUCGAACAGUUCAGUCAAA